AUGUUGAAAAAACGGUUCGAAAGUAUUAACUUGACCAUUUCAAAACUGGGCACAAUUGAAAGUAAAAUUCCACUGUCACGUUAUUCGGUUCUUAAUGAUAUUUCGAGUAUCAAAUACGCGUAUGUUGAAUUGUGCGAAAUGUGUGACGAUGCAACGGAUUUUUAUGGGUUGCCGCUUUUGAUUGUUAUAGUUAUGUUUGCUAUUAGAACUCUAUUAAACUUGUAUUACAUAAUUAUAGCUCUGAUUGACAAACAAAAAAUUGACACCGGGUCUUAUUUAUCGGGAUUGUUCAUAUUAGGAAGUAUAUUUUUAUUUAUAAUAUUAACUACUGCUGUCACACAAUUAAUAAAACAGAAUAGAAAAACUGGUAGAAUGGUAAACUCACUUAUGGAUCGAUAUUCGAUGGAUGAUAAAAUAACAAAAAAAUUAAGUAAAUUUUCAAACGAUCUCUGGCACCUGACUGUCGAAUUCACAGCCUGUGGUAUCAUUCCCCUAGAUCGUACUCUUCUGGCAGUAAUUACUGGUACAAUUGCGACGUAUUUAGUUAUUGCUGUACAAUUUCGUGUUAGCUCACCUUCUAACUAA